AUGCUACGUUUUCUUGUCAGAUGUGUCAGCGUCGACCUCGACCUCGACCUUGACCUCGACAAGGUCUGUCUUAUGCAGGGACUGGAAUCAUCUGUAGAAUUCUUCUCGUGCGAAGGGCAGCGCAUAGGCGACAAAACCUCUCUCGACCAACUACUACAUAGUAUCACCGACAUUCCGCUUGCAGCGCUGCGAAACUGUCCUCUUAGCCAGUUCAGUAUAUCUGAGCGCAUGCGAUGGGUUAGCGGUCGCGAAACGACCGAGACAGAAGAUAUGGUAUACUGCCUGCUUGGACUUCUUGGCGUCUCUAUGCCUGCAACCUAUGGCGAAGGAAGGGAGAGUGCGUUAGAAAGACUGCAGGCUGAAGUGGAGGGAGCCGGCCGCGCACCGUCAAUCAUUCCGUUCGCUCGCAAUAAGUCUUUCACAGGUCGCGAACUGCAGCUCGCUAAACUAGAAGCGAAGCUCUUUAGCAACACACAGACUACCUCAACGCUUGCAAUAGUCGGGCCUGGCGGAACAGGUAAAUCGCAGCUCGCGCUCGAGGUCGCGCAUAGAACACUAAAGAAACACAAGCAUUGCUCAGUCUUCUGGAUCGAUGCGAGUGACAAAGACAGUCUCGACCAGUCCUAUACCAGUAUUGCACAGAAGCUUGGCGUUCCUGGUUGUGACGGUGACCAGGCAGACAUAGAGCAGAUCGUGAAACGUUGCAUAGCAAAGCUGAGUACGCAGCAGUGUUUACUCAUCUUCGACAACGUCGAGGGCACAACUGUCCAAUAUAGUGGCUCGUCAACGGCAGAAGCUACAGACUUAGCCGACUUUCUGCCGCACUCCAAGCUGUGUUCUGUCAUUUUCACAACAACAGAAAGCGACACGGCUAAGACGCUUGCUCCACAAGAUGUGGUAGCGCUGCGUGAGCUAACGUCAGACACGGCGCUGAGGAUGUUACAAUCCCGUUUGACAACGCCGCUCUCUAAUGCUGAGCAGCCGGGAGCCAUAGGCUUGCUAAGAGAACUAUCGCACCUGCCUCUAGCAGUGUCGCAAGCAGCAGCGUGCAUGAACGCAAGCAACAUGACAGUGCAGCAGUACCAAGCACAACUAACGUGCAUCCCUUCGUGGCGGGACUCCCUGUGUGCCGGGACCGUCCAAUCAGAACGCUUGAAUCACAGACUUUUACUCAAAAUCUGCGAUCUGAUUGGCCGGUCCCGGCACACAGGGAGUCCCGUCACGAAGGGAUGGACGUUACACGAGCACAAUCAAGCAGCUCCUAAGCACAGCAAUAACCUGUGUGAAGACGAGCAGGGAGAGUCUAGUCUGAGAAAGGCUGUAGCUGCUACACUAUCUCUUUCUAUAGGUCAAGUCCGCCGGAGCAAUGCUAUUGCUGUAGAGCAGCUUUACGUUGCUGCGUGCGUAGACCGAAAGGAUAUUCCACUCGAUCUGCUUGAGGCAGCUUCGCCGCAGGCCCGUGUAGAUGCGAUUAUGAUACUUGAUAGAUAUGCGCUCGUUAUAAGGCGACCUGCUAAGUCAGCAUUUGACGUGCAUUGA